AUGCCAACUCAUGCUAAAUUUAUGAAGGACACUCUCACAAAGAAAAGGAGGUAUAUUGAUCAAGAAACCAUCAAUCUCGAUGCUAGUUGUAGUUCCAUCAUUCAAAUAACUCUCCUACAGAAAGAAAUUGAUCCUGGGAGGGUUGCAUUACCUAUCACCAUAGGAAAUGUAUACAUUGGCAAAGAAUUGAUUGACUUGGGUUCUAGCAUAAAAUUAAUUCUGUUGUCUGUGGUUCAAAGGUUAGGUAACAUUAAGAUGAAAUCAACAAAGAUGACAUUACAAUUGACCGACAAGUCUAUCACUCGUUCACAUGGAGUAGUUGAAGAUGUUUUAUUUAAGGUGGACAAGUUCUUGUUUCCUAUUGAUUUUGUUGUUAUAGACUUGGAAGAAGAUGAUGAUGCAUCUUUUAUUAUAGGCCGACCUUUCAUGAAAACCGCAAGAAUGAUGAUUGAUAUUGAUGAUGGAUUAAUGAAGGUUAUAUUUCAAGAUGAAGAAGUGUGUUUAAACCUCUUUGAAGCCAUGAAUCAUUCACAAAAUAAAGGAUAUUGUUUCCGGAUGGAUGCCACAGAUAAAGCCAUUAUGGAUGUGAAAAGACAAAUUGAAGAAUGCUUAAGAGAACUUGAGUCAUUGAAAGAAAUUCCUCCUCUUGAAGCCAAAGUUGAAGAAUUUAAAUAUGAGUCAAAGAAAGAUGACUCUAAACUUGAAUUGAAUAUGCUACCCUCACACUUGAAGUAUGUGUUUCUUGAAGAGGGUGGUCACAAAUCUGUGAUUAUUAGGAAUGCAUUAUCCAACAACGAAGAACAAAAAUUGAUUGAAGUUUUGAAUAAAAAUCAAAAGGAAAUGGGUUGGGCACUUUCCGGCUUAAAAGGAAUAAGUCCAGCUUAUUGUAUUCAUAAAAUCAUGAUGGAAGAAGAUUACAAGCUGGUAGCUCAACCAUAA